CUCAAGCUUCGUUCUUCAUGUUUUGCAUGUUUUAUAGAGAAAGUUCGCUGAAAACCCCAGAUAUCACCAGUUUAUCCGUCUUGAUCUAUACAAGGAAAUGCCUGAGAUAAAGUUUAAACAUAUUGUCUCGUUCAGCAGUGAAGACAAGAAUUUUCCUGCUGAAAAUCUCCUCAAGUCAGAUGGAUUCAAGAAGUGGAAGUCGGGGACCGCUGGAGAAAAACAAGUGUCUGCAGUAAUUCAGCUGGAGAAGGCAGUCAAGAUCAAUUCGAUCGAUAUCGGGAAUGAAGGAUCUGCCUUUGUUGAAGUCUUGGUUGGGAGGUCGUCCGACCUCCAAGAUAAGAAUUAUCAGGUUCUGUUGGUGGCGUCAUCCUUCAUGACUCCAGGGGACAGUCGUAACGGCACCAAUGGAAGUCGAGUACGCAUGUUCGGCCCCGAUGCCCUCAGCAAGACUGUGGCACAGGAGAAGUGGGACGUUGUGAAAGUUGUGUGUACACAACCUUUCAACAGAAGUUCACAGUAUGGUCUUGGCUUCAUCAAACUCCACGCACCACCCCAGCCAGGCGAGGCCUCAUCACCAGCGGCCUCUGCCGAGAGCACGGAGGUAAAAAAGUUUGGUUUGUUCAAAAUGAAAACUGAUGAUUCAAGCAAGAAUGAUCCUAUUCCGAUAGGAGGUCUAUUUGCACAGAGAAACAAGCCUGAUCCUGCCCCGCUUACUGGCGCAGCUGCAAUGCGUGCAGCCUCGAAACUUGCCGAGGAAUCCAUGAUGACUACACCAGCCAAAACUCCAGCACCAAAACCAGAACGGACGCCAUCGCAACACAACUCAGAUAAAAUGGCGGCGAAAACGACGCCUGCACCGAAAAGAAAACAUGAGGAAGAAGAUGAGAAACCUGCCAUGAGAAGACAAGCAACAUCAGAGAAGAAGUCUAAAGACACAAGUGCUGCAUCUUCAAGCUCCAGCCAUCAGGAUGGGCCUCCACCAACGAAAAAAGCCAAAGCCGCCCCCAGCAAACCAUUGAAACCAUUCAACAAGCUUAUGGAGAAUGUCACGUUUGUGCUGAGUGGAUUUCAGAACCCGUACCGGGGAGAGCUGAGAGACUUCGCCAUGGAGAUGGGUGCCAAGUACAAGGGUGAUUGGGGCAGAGGCUGCACGCACCUGAUUUGUGCGUUUGCCAACACCCCAAAGUUCAACAGCGUGAAGGGCAAAGGCAAGAUUGUGAGCAGACAUUGGAUAACGGACUCGCAUGAAAAGAAGAAGCUAAUGCCUUGGAGAAAGUACAAAAUUGGUGACUAUGACUCGCCGAGUUCAAGUUCAACCGAGGAUGACGAGGCUGAUGAGGAUAUGGAUUGGGCAACUGCCGGGAAAGCCGUCACGAACAAGAAACCUGAGCAAAAAGCGUCUCCGUCCCAAAAUAAACUAAAACCAACUGCGAAGUCAAAGAUCAAAUAUCAAGACAGCUCGACAGACAUGGAUUCGGAUGCGGACACAGAUGACGAGAUACAGCGCCAUCUGGCUGCAGAUAAGGCAAAAAAACAACAGAAAAAGUCGCCGGCCAAACCUGCAGCUAGAGCAGACGACGACAACAUCUACGGAGCGUCAACAGAUGAAGAUGAAGCGCCGGCCGUAAAAGCAAAAUCCCCCGCCAUGGCAUCUCCAUCCAAAUCUCAAGACCUUCCUGAUUUACCAAACUUUUUCACCAAAAAAAACUUCAUGCUUUACGGAGACUUCUCAAACUCGGAACGGAAAGCGUUAAGUCGUUUCAUUGUGGCUUACGAUGGGGAUAUUGAGCAAUAUAUGACAGAGAAAGUCAACUAUGUUAUCACAAAGUCAUCAUGGGAUGAUGAAUUUGAUAAAGCCCUGAGUGACCAGCCUAGCCUGCAGUUCGUGAAACCACAGUGGGUCUUCGAUUGUGACGAAAAGCAAAAACUGAUGCCACAUCAGAAAUAUCUCGUUGUACCAAGUUAGGAGCAGACAUCUCGAGGCGUUAGGGAGUUACGAGGUCAAGCCAGUGUUCUCCCUUUCCAUGGACUUGCUACUGAGGAUCCUCUUUAUUGAUUUUAGUGAUAGAGAGCAUUGGUGUAGCUGGUGGGGGAGGGGACUGGGGGCAAAUACACCCAGAGUUUUUUUAGAAACAUGAUUUUGGCCGAAAAAUUUCAAAAAAUGUCAUUUUGCCCCCAAAGACCAAAGUGCUUAUAGGGGGUGUCACUUUGACAUGCUGAAAUAGACAAUGUUCAGUUGGAUCUGCUAUGCUCCUAGAGAAAGUGAAAUCUAGAGUCUGCAUGGUUUAGGGUAAGACAGUUUGAGACUCUGAAUUACAAGUUUACAGUAGUUGUAAGAUGCUUAGGUAUUUCAUUAGGCUACACCAAUCAUUUUAUCUGUAUAGCGGGCUCUUGUACGGUGGUUUUGCCUGUUUAGGAAGAAAAAUAUACUGACCUGCGGCAUUGUGUAAAACUGCAUUUCUAUUUUCCUGGACCACCAGUAAUUACCAACGGCGUAUCUCUUCAAUACUGCCCGAUAUCAAUAUUGAUUUGCUGAUUGAAAUGACAAUAUUAUUGUUACAACCUUAUGAGGUUGUUUAUUUUGAAAGGGUAAAUUUAUACCAAGAAAUUGCACAAAUAUGAUUUAAUUGCUGACCAUGUCUUACCAUAUAAAUGUUGUAUUUUUGUAACUGAUGUAAUAUUUUUAGUGGGAAUAUGUAGAA